UCUGGUUUCCUCUGACGUAGCGUCAAGCGAGGACAAGUAGAAGAGAUUCAAGACUUGUCCGUACGACGUGCGUCGGUUGCUCAGUUAAACGCAAGUUCGAAAUGGCUUCUUCGUCACCUGUUUCCAUGGACGAAUUCCAAAACUUGUCAGUCUCGCUGUCUCGAGAAGAUAAAAUUCUCAGCGGUUUCCAGGUUAAUUGGAUAAAUCUGAGGGAUGCCGACAGUGGUAAAAUUAUGUGGCAGGGUACCAAAGACUUGUCCUUUCCGGUCGUGGAACACGAAGCUCGAGUUCCAAAAGAGAUUCUUAAUUGCAGAGCAGUGUCCCGGGAGAUAAAUUUUAGUUCGAAAGAACCUAUAGAAAAGUUUCGACUAGAGCAGAAGGUCCUUUACAAGGGACGCUGCCUGGAAGAGUGGCACUUUGAAUUUGGCCUUGUUAUUCCGAACAGUACAAAUACAUGGCAGAGUCUGAUACAAGCAGCACCUGAAAGCCAAAUGAUGCCAGCUCAUGUUAUAAACGGUAACGUAGUAGUAGAGACAAAGUUCUUCGACGGUGAUGUUCUGAUAUCAACAAGUCGAGUUCGUCUUUUCUAUAUUUAAAAAUAAGAGUGGACUGUUACUGGUCAUCAACGGGAUCAAGAUCUCCAAGUAUACUUUUAAGAAGGAGUGAUGUGAAUACUUGCAGUAAAGAGUUUAUUUAAUUUAUUUUCGGGUUAAUAUUGUACCAUUCGGUAUGCUUACGUACUACGUCUACGUUAGAUUUGUACAAACGUUCAUUGUUUCAUGCACAUUUUAUAUUUCACACAAACAUCACGAAUCACCUACUGGAAAAAUAGUAUUGGUUUAGUAGGACUGCAAAUACUUUUGUUUUCAAACGAAGGAAUAUUAUCAGGAGAAAUUAUGAUAGACUGAGCCGCUACCACGUCUCUUGAUAUUAGAAUGAGCAAUUGGUGACCUGAACUAAUCUGGUGGUCGCUGUCCGAAGUCUUAGGUAUGAAAACACUUAAGAGAACCCAUUCAUUCACUUUUUAUCGAAGAAUUAAUUACACAAUAGUAUAUUACAUUACAUAGUACAUUCUUUGCAGCAUUUUAUUUGUGUCGAUGUGAACUAUUUCAGUGCUUUGGAAACAAAUCGGACACAAGCUUUUUGAAAAUGCAUUUAUGUGAACGCACACGUUUUGAAUGAAUAGAGCAUCGAACACACAUUACCUGAUUUUAAUAUAGUCUACUAUUAGUGAUAAGAUUUCUUAUUAUUCCCGGUUAUUGACAUUUUCUAUCGACAAGUUAUCGAUGGGCUGUCGAUGUAUAAGGUGCCCUAAGGUGUAAGUGUUUUACACCGAUAUCAAAAAAGUGCAUCUUUCUUUAUAAGGACCAAUGUCAUCGAUUUGUACAUCUAUAUGUUGUGAUACACGACACCUAGCAAUAAAUGUUAUCAAACGUA